AUGGGUCGCCGAAAGAUUGAAAUCAAAGCGAUCAAAGAUGAUCGGAAUCGCUCGGUCACAUUUUUGAAACGAAAGGGAGGUUUGUUUAAGAAGGCGCAUGAAUUGGCCGUGUUGUGUUCAGUCGAUGUCGCGGUGAUUAUCUUCGGUCAUAAUAAAAAGUUAUAUGAGUAUUCUUCCUGUGAUAUGCAUGAGGCUCUUGGUCGCUACCAAUAUGUUUGUUGCGCCUCUCUGCUGCUGGUCAAGUGGAUGCUAAUUGAUCGCCCGCAGUUUGGCCCCCCUCAUGAACAUAAAGGCCCAGAUGAUUUCACUGGAAAGCGCGACGACGACGACGACGAGGAUGACAUGACCCCGGGACCCGAGGAAUUGCAAGCGCAACAUUCACAACAUUCCCAUCCCGCCGUUCCGCCUCAUAUGCAACAGCCUGGUGGUUUCCAGCACGUUAAUCAUCCUUCUGCUUCUCCUCCCAUUUCAAAUGGUAUACCGAUAACGCGCCAUGGUACCCCUCAGCAGAGCCUUUCGCGCCCGUCCUCAAGAAAUCAUAUCCGCCGGGCGAGUUCUAACCUUGGUCCGCAUCAACAUGCCACUCCGCCGCCGCCUCAUAUACCCCAGAAUGGUUUCGCGUACAUGCCAAAUCCAUCAAUGUACAACCCCAAUGUUCAUCCCAUGAAUCAGCCGCGCCCAGGACCAUACUACGCCCAUCCAGGACAAGGACCGCCGCCUCAGGGGAUGCAUCAUCCUCACGGGUUGCCUCCAGGAAUGCCAGGUCCACCGCACUUUCAACAUCCCAAUCAACCCCAUCCUCAUCAACAUGCGCAAACGCAACAGCAACAGCAACAGCAGCAGCAGCAACAUCCGCAACAGAUGGGAAUGCCUCCUGUAUCGCAUGCUACCGUACAACAGGUCCAACAAGCGUAUGCAAAUCAGGGCCGGGGCUCAAUGCCUCCAACGUUUGUGCCAGAACCUCAACAGCAGGAGCGCCCACCCCCUAUUUCACAAAAUUCAGAUCACUCUUCUGGUCUUUUAAAGGUAGAAACUAGCCAAUCGCCUCCGCAGCCCAAGGCUCUGUCAAAGUCGCGUAGUAUUUUCACUCCGAUCGAUGACCGCGGCUCUGUACUAGCCCGUCAUUUUGGUGCAGGUGCACCAGUGUACGAAUCACCUCGCGGAAAAAAUGUCGUGAAGCAGGAAGCAGUGCGUGAAGACUCACCGAGUCGAACAGCGAUCACCGCGGUGAAAGAACCUCCCCGCUCUAAAUCAACGCCAGACCCGAAACUAUCCCGAACUAACAGUGGCCUACCCCCGUCAAAACGACCGCAACUCAAAGUCCAGAUUCCUAGUGAAAACUCAGACCAUGGUAGCGCGACGGCUGAAUCGUCUUCUCGGGACUCUGCUGGAAACAAAACCGCAACACCUGCUAAGGACAGUAACAAUCCUACAACUGGCGUGGUUCUGCCACCCCCUUCACCAUCUGCCGGUGCGAUCUUGAGCGCUGGCGCGCAAGGACCACCAAAUCCCUUCGCCCGUCCACAACCACCGACAAAUUCGUAUGGCAAUAAUGGCAUUUCAAACAGCGGCAGUAACUCUACCAACAUCGAGACUCCCAUAUCUGGGCUCCCAAGCCGAUUUGUAUCAGAUGCUCUCCUUCCAUCACCAUCUAGUUUCUUCCCCGAGUGGGGUUUUGGCCGGUCCGGCCCAGACUCCAGCUUGCUGCCUAGUCCUCUCACCUUCCCAACACCAGCGGUACAGAGUGGACUGAGUUUUGCGCGCGAUGACGAAGAUAAAAAGCGCAAAAGCCCAGACAGCGGGGCCCCUGUAGAAGGAGCAAAUAAAAAAACAAAGACCUAG